AGGUCUGGAGCCAGAGAAAAUGAUCUGAAAUUGUAGCAGGAGAAAUUGAGGUGUAUGAAAAAUAAUUUCAAGUUUAACAAAUAGAAGGAAACCACAGGGUCCAUGUCAAAGCUGAUGAGCUAUUUCUGAAACUCGUGCAGAAUUGUGGUUUGUGUGGUCUAUGUCACGGCACCCUUGAGGGAGAGUGGGCAAUUGCCUGAACUUGGAGGCUGUGUCCUGUCCCCAGGCUGCUCCAGGGCUGCCUCCUUCCGACUGGGCCUUCUUAUCUGGGACUGUUGAGGGCAACAGGCCUUCCGAAGACCAGUGAAGAAGGAGGCCCUGCAGACAGGAGGCUGACAGGGUAGGAACAAGGCCAUGAUCCCUUUGCAGAAGGACAACCAGGAGGAGGGUGUCUGCCCCAUCUGCCAGGAGAGCCUGAAGGAGGCCGUGAGCACCAACUGCGGACAUCUCUUCUGUCGAGUGUGCCUGACACAGCAUGUGGAGAAGGCCUCAGCCUCUGGGGUCUUCUGCUGCCCCCUCUGCCGGAAGCCCUGUUCCGAGGAGGUGCUAGGGACAGGCUAUAUCUGCCCCAACCACCAGAAGAGGGUGUGCAGGUUCUGUGAGGAGAGCAGACUUCUUCUAUGUGUGGAAUGCCUGGUGUCCCCUGAACACAUGUCUCAUCAUGAACUGACCAUUGAAAAUGCCCUCAGCCACUACAAGGAACGACUCAAUCGCCGGAGCAGGAAGCUCAGAAAGGACAUUGCAGAACUUCAGCGGCUCAAGGCUCAGCAGGAGAAGAAACUGCAGGCUCUGCAGUUUCAGGUAGACCAUGGGAACCACAGGCUGGAGGCUGGGCUGGAGAGCCAGCACCAAACCAGGGAACAGCUGGGUGCCCUCCCUCAGCAGUGGCUGGGCCAGCUGGAGCACAUGCCAGCAGAAGCGGCCAGAAUCCUUGACAUCUCCAGGGCAGUAACACAGCUCAGCAGCCUGGUCAUUGAUCUGGAGAGGACGGCCAAGGAAUUAGACACCAACACACUGAAGAAUGCUGGUGACUUACUGAACAGGAGUGCUCCACAGAAAUUAGAGGUUAUUUAUCCCCAGUUGGAGAAAGGAGUCAGUGAAUUGCUUCUUCAGCCCCCUCAGAAGCUCUGACCUGUUCAUCCCUGGGACACCUCACUUCAGGCUCACCUCAGCCUCCUCUCUCUCCUUCCUCCAACCUGUCCAGGCCCCCACUGGGUCUACCCAGUGCAUCUUUGGGCCUGCCAGCUCCUGAACAUGUCACCAUUUCUUCAUGUCCACAGUCAUCACCUGAUGCCUGACCCUCUGACUCUUGGAUGAUAGCCAGCCUCCUUCCAGGACAGGCUCAUGCUUGGGGCUGCCACUGUGGAGGUCGGGGCCCAUGGUCUCCGGGAGCAUUUGUGAAAUCUCCAUUUUGCCUGUAAACUGAUGGUAGUGCCCAUCUCUCACAAUCUCAUUAAAAUAGGAUCCUCCAGGCCUCUGAAUGGCCCGAGCUCAUCAGCAGUGACACCACCUCACAUGUGGAGCCCAGCUGAGUUCCUGCAGUACUUGUUGUCUGUACCACUCACCUGGCACUUAUUUAUUAUUGUUGUGGAAGACAGACUCAAAAACAGCCUCCCUUCGUGAUCCUCACCUCUUGGAAUUCAUGCCCUUGUUUGGUCCCCUCCCCUUGAGUGUAAGUGGGAUCUGUGACUUGCUUCUAAUCAAUGGAAUAAGGCAAAGGUGAUAGGGUGUCACUCUGGCAACUGUGUUGCAUUGUAUAGAACUCCUCCUUGCUGGCCCACCCUUUUAGAGCCCCUCCUAGGAGCCAAGAGCAGCUUCCAGCCAACAACAAGCAGAGGCCCUCAGCCUUGUGGCUGCAAGAACCUGAAUUCUGCCAACAACCUGAGUGAGCUUGGAAGCAGAUUCUCCCCCAACUGAGCCGGAUAAGAACCUAGUCCAGCCAACACCUUGAUUAUAGUCUUGUGAGUACCUAAGCUGAGGACCCAGUGAAGCUGUGCCAAAAUUUCCCACCCACAGAAACGGUGUGACAAUAAAUGUGUGUGUUUUU